AUGCAAGCUAUAUGUAACAAGUUCUUGUUCAGCUUAUACCCAACAACAACUACCAAGAGCAAUAUCAUGUCUGCAUAUAAUCAAUCCCCUGGUUUUAACAGACCCAGAUUGGUCACCAAGGAGUUCCUAGCCACCCCCCAGUCUGAGGGUGACGGUGCAGUUGUUAGAAGCAAUAUGCUGAAGUUCUUGGAUCCUUUUCUUAUGUUGUAUGAUUUUUCAGUGACUCCUCCUGGUGGAUUUCCUGAUCACCCACAUAGAGGUUUUGAGACUGUUACAUAUAUGCUUCAGGGAGGCAUAACUUAUCAAGAUUUUGCAGGGCAUAAGGGAACAAUUCACACUGGAGAUGUGCAGUGGAUGACUGUAGGAAGAGGGAUUGUCCACUCAGAAAUGCCAGCAGGAGAAGGAACACAUAGGAGCUUGCAGCUUUGGAUAAAUCUAUCUUCUGAAGACAAAAUGAUCGAACCAAGCUAUCAAGAACUUUUAAGUGAUGACAUCCCACGGGCAGAAAAAGAUGGUGUUGAAGCACGAGUUAUAGCGGGAGAAUCAAUGGGAGUUAAGUCUCCAGUAUACACAAGAACACCAAUAAUGUAUCUGGAUUUCACUCUGAAACCAAGAGCUCAAGUGCAUCAAAGCAUUCCAGAAUCAUGGAGUGCAUUUGUUUAUAUUAUUGAAGGUGAAGGAGCCUUUGGGUUGCUAAACUCGCAAGCAACUGCUCACCAUGUUCUGGUUUUGGGUUCUGGAGAUGGUUUAAGCUUGUGGAAUAGAUCAUCCAAGCCAUUGAGAUUCAUACUAGCCGCAGGGCAACCGAUCAAUGAACCAGUGGUUCAGCAUGGACCUUUUGUGAUGAACACACAAGCUGAAAUUGAACAAACUAUUGAAGACUAUCGCAAUUGCAAAAAUGGGUUUGAAAUGGCGAAGUAUUGGAGAUCUCAAUAAGUGGGGUAAGUG